GCUUUUCCCUUUUCUCUCUCUCUCUCUCGUUUCUGUCCUGAGUUUUUUCCCGUGGCAAUGUUGGAUAUCACCGCGGACUCGGUAACUCAGGUGGCCUCCAACUCUCUCGCCGUCUUCUGUUUCUGCAAUCUACUGAUAGUCAUCAUCCUUAUGUCCCCAAAACCCAGCUCGGAUUCCGACGAGGGAAGCGAGUUUCAUCUUCCAAUUCUCGCCCACAGCAGCCUGGUGGAUGAGCAAAGAAUAGACAUUGAGCGGUCGCCCGAAGAUGAGGGGACGUCGCCGGAGGUCCUGGAGUUAUUAUGCGUCUGUGAAAACUUGGAGAAGGAAGGCGGGGGCUACAACGAUGAUGACGAAGAUGACGACGAAAAUGACAGCGAAAGUAAUAAUGACGAUGAGAAUGACGACGACGAAGACGACGGCGAAAGUAAUAAUGACGAUGACAAUGACGACGACGAAGACGACGAAGAAUUCAGAAGAAGGGUUGAAGCUUUUAUUGACAAGGUAAAUAGGGAAUGGAAGGCAGAGAAAUUGAGAACGCAGUGCCUAUGUGAGCAAGUGGAUUUUUGAGAGCCAAUUUUGUACUA